UACGCAGCCGUAGCAGUGUUUUCUGAACUCAGCUGUCGUACAAACAAGGCAUUUGCAUACAGGAUUCCAUUUUUUUGGGUAGACAUUCGCCAGAAAACGGAGUAAAAUGGGUUUUUUUAUUUCCAAAUCCUUGGAUCAAAACAUGAAGAAACAGCAAGAGUUUAUGCUGAUGAAUUCUCGACUUCAGCUGGAAAGACAGAUCCUGAUGCAGAAUCAGAUGCGAGAGAGACAGGUAGCAAUGCAGAUCGCCUGGUCCAGAGAAUUCCUGAAGUACUAUGGGGCUUUUUUUGGAAUUGCAGCUGUUGGAUGUACUGUAGGUGCUUUGAAAAAGAGAAGACCUCAAAUCUUCCUGCCUAUAAUUCCGCUAAGCAUCGUUUUUGUAUACCAGCUGGACCUGGGCUAUGGAACAUUAGCGAAGAGAAUGAAAGCUGAUGCAGAGGCAAUACUGGAGAAUGAGAGUGAUAGGCUGGCGCUGCCAUACGGACCCCCAACCUUUGAGAGCAUUGAGAAAGCUAGACGAGCCCAAAGCACAUUUUUUAUUGAAAAAUAGCUGCCGUAACAACACUCAUAAUUUCUCAGUGUAAUCUUUUACCACAUGGCUUAUAAUUUGUGUUAUACUACAAAGGUAUUAUUCAGACCUUGGUUGUAAAUACUGGGGAUGGAUUGUGUUGAACCUCACAUUUGUGUUGCUCACUGAAAUAAAGAUGUUCUAACCU